CCCACAUCCUCCCCAUUUGGUUCUUCCUGCGGUCGCUAUAACCUAAGUCUUUGUUGGGAAUCGUCCCUCACUCAGCCAUAUCGUUGGAGUCCUCUCUGAGUUUUCAUACAUUUCUGUGGGCAUUUAAAUCACCAGGUAAACCAUGCCUUCAUUUCCCUCAUCCAAAGAGACCCUUGUCAAGGGGCCUGGAUGCCCUCAUGCUGCCAAUCUGAACAACCACACCAAUGAUGAAACCAGACAUCAGGAGGGUACGUUCCCGCUCAACAGCGUUGACAAUCUGCCCGCACUGGGGGACACCGAUGAGCUGAAUGGAACCAUUCAGAUCAGCACAAAGAACGCUUCUCCUGAGAGGACAUGGAUCCGACCUGAUCUUCCCAGCCGCUGCACAUGGAGCCUGGGAGUCUCGAAAGCUGACUCUCCUCACACAACAUUUCCAAGAGCGACCACUCCAGCCAUUCUCCCAAACAUCCUUUACAGGAUCGGGGACACUCCCAUGGUACGCAUCAACAAGAUCCCGAAAGCAUUUGGACUUAAAUGUGAAAUAUUGGCCAAGUGUGAGUUCUUCAAUGCGGGUGGCAGUGUGAAGGACAGAAUCAGCCUGCGCAUGGUGGAGGACGCUGAGAGAGCUGGCAUCCUCAAGCCUGGAGACACUAUUAUAGAGCCCACCUCUGGAAACACUGGUAUCGGGCUGGCCCUGGCUGCAGCCGUGAAAGGCUACCGCUGCAUUAUAGUCAUGCCCGAGAAAAUGAGCAUGGAGAAGGUGGAUGUCUUAAGAGCUCUUGGAGCUGAGAUUGUUCGCACACCCACAAGUGCUCGUUUUGAUUCGCCAGAGUCCCAUGUGGGCGUGGCCUGGCGCCUCAAAAAUGAGAUCCCAGACUCGCACAUCCUGGAUCAAUAUCGCAACCCUAGCAAUCCCCUGGCUCACUAUGAUGCCACAGCUGAAGAGAUCCUGGAGCAGUGUGACGGUAAACUGGACAUGCUAGUUGCGGGAGCAGGCACAGGGGGCACCAUCACUGGCGUUGCCCGCAAACUAAAGGAAAGAUGCCCCAACAUCAAAAUUGUUGGCGUUGACCCAGAAGGCUCCAUCCUGGCUGUGCCAGAGGAGCUUAACAAGACCGAUAAGACUCAGUAUGAGGUGGAGGGCAUCGGUUAUGACUUCAUCCCCACCGUGCUCGACAGAUCAGUAAUUGAUACCUGGCACAAAUCUAAUGAUGAGGAGUCCUUAAAGAUGUCUCGUAUGCUAAUCAGAGAAGAAGGCCUGCUGUGUGGAGGAAGUUCUGGGUCGGCCAUGGCUGCAGCCAUGCACGCUGCCCAAGACCUUAAGGAGGGCCAGCGCUGUGUGGUCAUCCUGCCCGACUCCAUCCGCAACUACAUGUCCAAGUUCCUGAGUGACAAGUGGAUGGUCCAGAAGGGCUUCAUCACAGAGGAGGACCUCAUGGUGAAGAAACCAUGGUGGUGGAACCUGAAGUUGCAGGGUCUGAACCUGUCAGCCCCCUUCACCGUCCUGCCAACCAUCACCUGUCAGCAGACCAUUAAGAUCCUCAAAGAGAAGGGCUUUGAUCAGGCGCCUGUGGUGGACGAGACUGGGUUAAUCCUGGGCAUGGUGACUCUGGGAAACAUGCUGUCCUCUAUUCUGGCAGGGAAGAUCCAGCUAUCAGACCCAGUUAGCAAAGUGCUCUACAAGCAAUUCAAACAGAUCCGUCUGACUGAUACCUUAGGACAGUUAUCCUGCAUUCUGGAGACUGACCACUUUGCCCUGGUGGUACAUGAGCAGAUCCAAUACGUGACAGAUGGUUGUCCCAGUCUGAAGCAGAUGGUUUUCGGAGUGGUGACGGCCGUUGACCUGCUCAGCUUCGUCACAGGGCGGGAAAGAAGAGAGCGAUCUCUGUCAGAACCCACUGAUGAACUGUCCCCCCCACUUAAGAUCUAA